AUGGUCGACAAGCUCAGGAUAACAAAGAUCGAGAACGUUCAGGUACUUGGAGGAGGAGAAAUAUCCACAGUGACAUUACACUUGACGGCGCAUCAUCUCAUUUUGGUUCAGACCAUCACCCCGCCAUUACCACAAGACCUCUCCGCACCCCCUCCGAAACCCAGGACAAGAGAGUCAUGGAUUGCGUAUCCUAUGAUAGGCUUCUGCACAUUUCGUCCAACUCCGCCAGGGUCCGGGCUAGCCUCAUCAAUAAGACUGCGAGGUCGCGACUUUCGGUUCUUGACUUUCAACUUCGUUGACGAUAAGCAAGCUAGGGAUGCCUUUGAAAGCAUAAAGGGAGCGACAUGCAAGCUUGGAAGUAUAGAAAAACUAUAUGCCUUCAGCUACGAGCCUCCACCGCCCGAGAAGAAGAUAAAUGGAUGGGAAUUGUACGAUGCAAAGGCAGAAUGGAAGCGCCAGGGCAUCAGCGACAAGGGCGUGGAUAGGGGGUGGAGGAUAUCGAAAAUCAACAUAGAUUACGGUUUCUCCCCCACGUAUCCCUCGUUACUUCCGGUUCCUUCCACAAUAUCCGACAAUACCUUGAAUUAUGCUGGGAGAUAUCGUUCAAGAGUACGGAUACCUGUUCUAACAUACCUUCAUCCAGUCAACAACUGUUCGAUUACUAGAAGUUCACAGCCGCUUGCCGGUUUGAGGGGUAACCGUAGCAUACAAGACGAAAAGCUUGUCAGUGCUUGCUUCUCUGCUUGUGCACAACCUGAUGAGAUUGAGAUUUCUUCCUCGUCCGUGUCCAGAGCAAGUCCAGCCUCCAGUCAAGCAGACUUUGGCUCGUCAAGUACAGAUGGCGAGUUCUCGGAAACAGAGAGGCUGGAGGAUGAGCUUAUAUCUUCCUCCACCAUCGAAGUUGUAGGCGAAAAGCCCCAUAUCUACGGAGCACAGCAGCACAAUCUCAUUGUAGAUGCCAGACCCACGGUAAACGCAUUAGCCAUGCAGGCCGUUGGACUUGGGUCAGAAAACAUGGAUCAUUACAAGUUCGCUACAAAAGCUUACUUGGGAAUUGAUAACAUCCAUGUGAUGAGGUCGUCUCUGGAAAGAGUGAUCGAGGCUAUCAAAGAUUCUGAUAUCUCGAAACUACCACCAAAUCGAGAACUUCUUGCUAAAAGCGGAUGGCUCAAGCAUAUCACUGGCUUACUUGAUGGAUCUGCUUUGAUCGCUCGACAAGUUGGGAUUCAGCAUUCUCAUGUUUUGAUACACUGCUCUGACGGCUGGGAUCGAACAAGUCAACUCAGUGCUCUAUCUCAAAUCAUGCUCGAUCCAUACUUCCGAACGAUCGAUGGCUUUAUCGUGCUUGUGGAGAAAGACUGGUUGGCAUUUGGUCAUAUGUUCCAGCAUCGCUCAGGAUUUCUUAACAGUGAAAAGUGGUUUCAAACGCAAAAUGAUGCUCUUGCAGGCUCUGCAAUUCAACCAGGGGGGAAUAGUGACGGCAGAAGCGACGCAAUCGAAAACGCAUUGCUCAGUGCCAAGAGGUUCUUCAAUAAAAGUAACCAGAGUCAAGACGCCAUAGCUGAUUCUGACGGAGAGAUGGUCCCAAUCGAGGACUCGCCAAAAGUUAAAAAGUCCUCUGGCAAAGACAGUCUUGCAGACAAGGAGGCUACGAAACCAAAAGAAACGAGUCCAGUCUUCCAUCAGUUCUUGGAUGCCACCUUCCAGCUUCUCCACCAAUAUCCUACUCGCUUCGAAUUCAACGAGCGCUUCCUGCGAAGACUGCUCUAUCACCUCUACUCCUGCCAAUACGGCACAUUCCUCUACAACAACGAGAAAUCACGUUUGGAUGCUCGGCUGCGAGAACGCACUGCAAGUGUCUGGUCAUACUUCCUGUCCCGGCGCGCUGAAUUCACGAAUAAAAACUACGACGGUGGUGAUAUAGACGACCACGUCAAAGGAAGAGAGCGACUGCUUUUCCCGAAACUGGAUAAAAUCAGGUGGUGGAACGAAGUUUUCAACCGCACCGACCAGGAUAUGAAUGGACCUUCCAAUGCAGCGACCGAUAAAUAUCUUGGCACUCAGGAUACGGUGGGUGCGGGUCGUAGCGUUCUCACUGGUGUGGAGACAGCUCAUACCGUUGUCCCCGCAGGCAGCACUGCAAAUGUUGUCCCUAAUGGGAGCACGCCUAUACCCGGCAGUUUUGCGAGCUUGAGAGAUGGGAUCGCUGGGCUGGGGAUUGGGAUGGGCAAGGGUGGGUCGGGAUCUAAAAGUCCAUCAAAUGGAAAGGCCGCUCUGGAAGUGGAGAUGCAAUAG